GCGGUUCUGGCGGCUAGAGCGUCCUCCCCAGCGCGUACGCUCGGCGGUCCUGGCGGCUAGAGCGUCCCGCCUGCUGGGAGCCGCGUGUGACCUUCUCGCUUGAGGAGCGAUGCUGCAGGCGGCCGCAAGCCUCCUCUGGGGGCCGUGUCUCGGGCUUAGAGCCGCUGCACUCCGCCUCGCCAGGCAACAGGUACCUCAUGUGUGCGCCGUGCGGCUGAUGAGAUGCAGCAGCCAUCGGAGGGGGGAGGCCCUCGCUGGUGCCCCCCUGGAUAAUGCCCCCAAGGAGUACCCCCCCAAGAUCCAGCAGCUGGUCCAGGACAUUGCCAGCCUCACGCUGCUGGAGAUCUCAGACCUCAACGAGCUCCUGAAGAAAACAUUGAAGAUCCAGGAUGUUGGGUUCAUGCCGAUGGGUGGCGUGGUGCCUGGUGCUGCCCCUGCCACAGCUGCCCCCGAGGCAGCAGAAGAAGACAUCCCCAAACAAAAAGAACGGACGCAUUUCACCGUCCGCCUGACAGAGGCCAACCCUGUGGACAAGGUGAAGCUGAUCAAGGAAAUCAAGAACUACGUCCAGGGCAUCAACCUCGUCCAGGCAAAGAAGCUGGUGGAAUCCCUGCCUCAGGAAAUCAAAGCCAAUGUGGCCAAGGCUGAGGCCGAGAAGAUCAAGGCGGCCCUGGAGGCAGUGGGCGGCACCGUGGUCCUGGAGUAGCCGCCCAGAGGACUGUGGACAGGGGUCCAGGGCCCCAAGUCGGGCUCUACCUGCUCCGUGCCCAGCACCCAGGCUCAGCGGAUGGAGCAGCCUCAGAGCAGAACUGGGCACCCGCACCACGUGGCCAACUCCGUCCUGGGACAGACGGAUGGACCUGCUGAGAUGGGGAGGGAGGGACAGCCACUGCCUGUGCAGCCCCAGGGAGGACUCUAGAACCUACCAGGAGUGUACUCACCCCUCUGUGGCCGCUGGGAAAAAUGCAUCGUCCAGGC